AUGGAUAGAGAAGUUCUCAGUGGUUUCCUUUCGGGAGCGGCCGUAUCGCCCGCGGUUUCCAUGGUGGACAAAGCAAUAUUUUCGAACGCAAGCGGGAAGGCAUCGUUCAGCCGAUCGUUCAAUGAAUCGCUCCUUACCGUGGUGCGGCACCCGGCUCAGUUUGUGAAGAACCCAUCUCUGCUCUGGGUCUGGGGAGUUUACUCAUCGACCUACAUUGCCUUCAACGUAUCCACUCGGUACACGGAGAUCAAUCGAUUGGAGAAUGCGUCUUCUUCAGUCCUUGCAUUCACGAGCUGCAUCAAUGUCUCGAUGAGCGUUCUGAAAGACCGAGCAUUCUCUCGUAUGUUCGGCACGAGCGCCCCCAGGCCGAUUCCAACUUCUUCGCUCGUCUGCUACGGUGUACGGGACUUCAUAACGAUUUUCGGUUCUUUCACACUCGUACAACCUGUCACCGAGCACUUACGGGAAACCUUCUCGCUCGAGGAAGGACAAGCGUACAAAAUCAGCCAGGUGUUCUGCCCGCUAUUCGCCCAGCUCUUCAACACUCCAAUAUUCCUCUACGGCAUGGAUCUGUACAAUAAUCCCGUAGCCUCUUCUAUGCAGCGCCUGUGUUUCAUACGAGAGCAGUUUUGGAGAACAUUCUGGCUCAGAACGGCUCGGAUCGGUCCGGCUUUCUCCGUCGGAGGAAUCGUCAACCAUUGGCUCCGCCACAAAUUGCACAAUUCAUCGAAGUCUUCAGAGUAA